UGACACAGCUGUCGUAAAAAAAAAACAGGAAAUGUUCCGUUAUUUUCAAAACAGAAUUCUGUAGGGAUGGUUAAAAGUCAAUUGUUGUGGAAACCAAAAUCGAAACUGCUCUUAUUGCGAUAUAAAUUAAGAAUUUAGUUAGCUUAUUUUACAGAAAUAUGCUCUUCAAUGUGACACCUGCCAGCAUCGGCAAACGUCGAGAGCUUUUAUUAUCGGUUUUCGACGUCAAAGUAGAAACAGAAGUUUAAUAGUAUUAGUAGUAACAGUUUCAUGUUUUUAUAUAGUUUCUUGUUCUAGCCUCUGUGGCAUGUAGACAGAGCUGAAUCUCUCUCUCUCUCUCUGGGAAGAUGACUCUGGUGUUAAGCCGUCCAGCUGCAGGCUAGCAGCGGUUAGCAUCAGUUUAGCUUAGCCGAGCAUCUGUCUCAUCUGGACAGAACUAGCCGCGUUUCCGCCUCGGAGUCCCGACAUGGAUGAAUUAGUGAGGAGUUUGCCUUCUCCGACUCUCCCGGGGAUACAGCUGCCGUGUUUGGACACCCACAAAGGCUGGCUCUUUAAAUGGACCAAUUACCUGAAGGGCUACCAGCGACGGUGGUUUGUCCUCAGCAAUGGCCUGCUGUCCUAUUACAGAACGCAGGCGGAGAUGGCCCACACAUGUCGAGGCACCAUCCCCAUGGCGGCCGCUCACAUCGAGGUGGGUGACACAUGUCACCUGAUGAUAUCAAGCGCAGGACGCAGCUAUCACCUGAAGGCCACAUCUGAAGGGGAGUGUCAACGGUGGGUGUCAGCCCUGCAGGAGGCCAAGGUCACUGCCACCGCCUUGAUUCAACACUCCGAAGACGACUCUGGAGAUGAAGGGCUCGAGGCUGAGGAGGACGAUCGAGCCUUAAGCCAAGGUGUGCUGAAGACGUUGGCCAACAAGCUGGACGACCUGAGCACCUGUAAUGAUCUGAUAGGAAAGCACGGUGCCGCCCUCCAGCGCUCCCUCAGCGAAGUCGAGGAACUCCGCGGCUGUGCCAACAGCGUGGACAAAUUGAAAAGCGUUAACGAGCGAGCCGCGCUCUUCCGCAUCACCUCCAAUGCUAUGAUCAAUGCUUGUCGUGACUUCCUGGAUGUAGCGCAGUCUCACAGUCGAAGGUGGCAGAAAGUCCUGCAGCAUGAGAGGGAGCAGCGUCUCCAUCUGGAGGUGACCAUCGAGCAGCUAGCCAAACAGCAUAACAGCCUGGAGACGGCCUGGAGGGAGAAGCCCACCUCGUAUGCAGGUGUGGAAAGAUCUUGCAAGGGGGAUGAGAGUGAAGAGAAUGACGAAUUCUUUGAUGCCAUGGAGGACACCCCUUCAUUCAUAACCUUGUCUACCAAUGCAGAGACGCAAAAAUGCUCAGGGAGUAAUCAGAGUAUGAUGAGCAGUGGAGUUCCUCAUGACUGGACCCACAACGAGAAUGACACCUCAGGCUCAAACCACAUGCAGGUACGAAGAGCAAGACGCAGCCGAAUUCCAGACAAACCCAAUUAUUCCCUCAAUCUGUGGAGCAUCAUGAAGAACUGCAUUGGAAAGGACUUGUCAAAGAUACCCAUGCCUGUCAACUUCAACGAGCCGCUGUCCAUGCUGCAGCGUCUGACAGAGGAUCUGGAGUACAGCGAGCUGCUGGACCGGGCGGCUCGCUGCGAUUGCUCUCUGGAGCAGAUGUGCCUGGUGGCCGCCUUCUCGGUGUCCUCCUACUCCACCACCGUCCAUCGCACAGCCAAGCCUUUCAACCCUCUGCUGGGCGAGACGUAUGAGCUGGACCGCCUUGAGGACUACGGCUACCGCUCCAUCUGUGAGCAGGUGAGUCAUCACCCACCAGCCGCCGCUCACCACGUCAUCUCGCAGCGAGGAUGGACCCUUUGGCAACACAUCACUAUUGACAGCAAGUUCCGUGGGAAGUACGUGUCUGUCAUGCCACUAGGAAACAUUCACCUGCAGUUCCACUCCAGUGGGAAUCACUACGUGUGGAGCAAAGUGACAUCAACAGUGCAUAAUAUUAUCGUGGGGAAACUCUGGAUUGAUCAGUCUGGGGACAUCGACAUCAUCAACAGCACCACCAAGGACACGUGUCAUCUCAAAUUCUCCCCCUACAGCUACUUCUGCAGAGAAGCCCCACGCAAGGUUACGGGAGUAGUUGAGGACCAAGAAGGCACAGCUCAUUAUAUCCUGUCAGGAACCUGGGAUGAGAAGAUGGAGAGCGCCAAGAUAGUAAACAGCAGUCAAGGAUGCGGAGGCUCUGAAGGCAAACAAAAGACAGUUUAUCAGACUCUUCAGUCCAACCUGCUGUGGAAGAAAUACCCUCUCCCGGAUAACGCAGAAAACAUGCAUUACUUUUCCGCCUUGGCUUUGACUCUGAAUGAACCGGAAGAGGGAGUGGCGCCCACUGACAGUCGCCUGCGGCCUGACCAACGGCUGAUGGAGGCCGGGCUGUGGGAUGAAGCAAACACACACAAGCAGCGUCUGGAGGAAUGCCAGAGGCUGGAGAGGAAGAGAAGGGAGGUGCAAGCCACCCAAGCCCUGCAGGAAGGGCAAGAGGCAGAGGUGUACCAGCCCCUGUGGUUUGAGAAGAGAACAGAUGACGGCACAAGAGAAAGCAGCUACAUCUACAGAGGAGGCUACUGGGAGGCCAAAGAAAGGCAGGACUGGAGACAGUGCCCGGACAUCUUCUAGAACACAAACUGCUCUUGACGCUUUCAUGUGAACACACCACAGGGUGGAAUAUCACGCUUCCUAUUGAACAUGGAUCAUUUUUUGAGCCAAAAAAGAACACCUCUUGUCCUGCCUGGUGACACAGAAGGAAUGCCUUGCGCCUUCUCAAUAGCUGGAACUCUUUAUGCGUACUUCUGACAGAGACAGCAUCACAUCUUGCUUUGUUAAAUAAAAGACUUGAUUCUUACAACAGGACUUUGUAUGGUGGACCUGCACAGUCAAUCGAAACCGAUUCUGCUUUAUAAGCAUUGAGAAUUAUUCUUAAGAGUAUUAGACUAGAAUCAUUUUUCAUGUUAAAAGUGAAUUGACUAGUCGUCGUAAUAGUAGUAGUAGAUAGCUCAUGGAAAUAGACAUAAGAUCUUCCUUUUUCCUUGACAAUGCUUUCACAUAAGACAUAUAUUUGACAAAAUAUUACAUUUAAAUAUUACCUGAGUGGCUCUAACUUAUAUGACGUAUGUUUAUUAUUUAAUCGAAGUAUGGACAGACAUUCCAGUGGUGGUAAAUGAGAAGAUGUGUCCAAUCUUUUGACUGGUACUGUAUAUCCACUAAAACUGUGUUCCCCAAACUUAAAUUAACUAAUCCACGUAUUUUACAUUUGACAAAUAUCACGGCACACAACCACGCAAAAAUGUUUAAUUAAAAUACUAGUUAACUAGUUUUUAAUACUGGUAAUGUGUGUGGUUAUACUCCCUAGCAAUUGUUGUUUAGACAUGUAGGCAAUAAGAAAACUGCACUUGUGGAAAAGUACUGUAGAAGUAGUCCCGGGCAAGCAAUGUGCUUCUAUGCAGCACAAUUGUUUUUACAUGCACAAUAUAUAAUUAAUAGUAGUAAUCUGUUUAUUUAUGGGUCCUAUCGUGUACAUGUAUUAGAAGCACUCAUCGACUUUGACCUGUAUAUAGCAAAACAUGUAUUUGAAGUAGAAUUAUUCACUGUAAAAACACUACUUGAAUAUCUAUAUUAUGGUCGCUAUUUAACAAACUGAGUUGUUGAGAUGUUGUUCAACUAAAGCACAACGUACAAGUUUACCUGCAACUUGUAACCUGUAACUAAAUACAAAGGUUUUAAUGCACUACAUGUACUGUAAUGUAGCUAUGCAUGUUUUUUUUUCAAGAGGGGAAAGUAGUGUGAAGCCCGGUCACCUGGUCUCUUAUUACUGAAAUGUGAUGUGAAAUCACCAUUUGUGCCCAAAGACCUUGAAAAUGUUCCUUUUUUUUUUUAGUUCAAAUAAAAACAUGAAGGUGUGGCUGUCAUUGCCAUGGUGUUACUUGCUGUCAUUUUAUGACUGAUUUAAACAUAAAGAGAUCCAGGGGAUAUUUUAUGCCAUUCACUUUUUAAAAAGAUUUAUUCAUAUUUUAAUGAACGGCAGGCUACACACGUUUCCUUUUUUUUUUUAGACUUGUUUAACAAAUUACAUGAAUUGAAUUGGUUACAUUACAGUUAAACACGCCUCUCCAUGUCUUUUACUAAUAGUCACGCCAUAUUGUUUACAUGUCAACACAAUAUGUUAGCUUGUUUACAAUAUUUUGUUGUGUUAAAAGAAAAGGAAGGAAUCAAAAUGUUCCAUAUAAAGAUAAAACAAGAUUAGUAUUGUUGAGUAUGUUUUUAAUUUUG